UGCCAUCAUCGCGUCGAAAACCAGGGUCAGGGUCACAGUGUUCACGCGUGCCUUUCCCGGGGACAAUCGCAUCUAUUGAUACCUACCUGACGGCCGUCUUGUCAACUGCCAACACCAUACAGAAACAUCCACUGCUUUCAAAACGCCGUCAUGUCUUUUCCAGGCAGGUCAAUCCAGCCGCACAUCCGGCAGCCGUCGAUGGCAGGCCCAGCGUCGUCGGCUGGACAGUCUCCUGCGCUGGUGGCACGGGUCAAUGAGAAGAAAGCCGAGCUCGAGAAUCUCCGGGAACUGCGCGACCUGAGUGCUGCAGUCGCGUCACAGAUGGAGGCUCUGGAGCAGAAGCUGGCCACGCUGUCUGAUGGCACUGAGGCGAUCGCUCUUGUAAUGGGCAACUGGCACAACGUCCUGCGCGCCAUCAAUAUGGCCUCCUCCAGACUGCCGAAGCCGCAGAAUGAUGCAGAAGCAGCAGCAGCUCUGCCGCAAACCUUGGUUCGCAUCCCGACGGAGCAUGCACCAGCACUGCAGGCCCAGGCCGAGGCUGCUGAGGAACCAAACGAGUGAAGUCAGACGCUCGGAUUGAGGGUUUUAAGGGUCUCGUUUUGACCCGUGCAGAACCUCUGAAGUCUGGUUAGUGUGUAAUAGUUCGUCGGGCUGGCUGGAUGGUUUCCGAGUCCCCAAACUCGAUCUGUUUCAGCCCUCGCGAACGCACUAAACAGCAAGUCAGGUUCGUUGCUAGACAAUCCUGGAGGAAACGCCCCUCCACGCAAGUGCCUCGAUCUCUUCCCUGCUGGUGGCAACAGACAAUGCCAUUCAAAUCGAAGCUAGCACUUGCCGUGCCUGGGCGCGUCCGACGUGUGGGUGAUGGGUGACGGGGGAUGGGAGAUGGGAAGAGCACUUUACUGUUGUAGUCGGCGGUGCAGCUGCGGGGGGCAUACCGUGUUCGAUGUGCUUGCCCUGCCCUCCGAUGUACUAAUGAUUAGUAUGCAUAACUAAUAAGUGGUGGGUUCCCCAGGACGCCAGGCAGUCAUUAUCUGAACCUGGACCCGUACCUGCAGGCUACAUAUCACUCGGUUCUGAAGUCCAAUCGCGGGGAUGCACCAUUGCCUGGCCUGAGACCUAAAUUAAAGCGGAGAGAGGUUGUUUAUGUAUCCAAAUCCGCCCGCCCCAUAGAUACGAUACCCCAUAGGACGGAUCAGGCAUUUCUGCCGUUAUGAAGGAUUUGCC